AUACAAUUAUAUGUUUCAAACGAGAAUGUUUUUGUCGCUUUUGUUUUACUAUGAAGUAUUAAUUCUACAUGUUUUUGUGUCAGUUCAACCAUAAUCAUAUACCUAGGUUAGUAUCUUUUUUCUAUUAAUUCAUUAUUAUAUGAUUUCUAUCAAAUUUAACUAUACAUUUUUUACCUUUUUAAACAUGCAUGUGAUGUUUUACUUUCAAAUGUUUGCGCAAGUUUUAAACGUACUAGUUACUUCAAAGCUCAUAAAAAAUAAAGCGGUAAACGUGUUGACGUCCACGAGUCCGAACAAUAAAGGAAAUUGCGUACAAAACGCCGAACACGUAGAAACGUCAUUCUUCAAGGAAUUAUGUAAAUCAAAUCCCGAUUUGGAAGAGUUUAUGAUAGCCGCCGACAUUUUGAUAAGGUCCGAUUGUGCUUUGAUCGAUUCGUGUAGAAGAGUGGUCGAGCAACCUCACGAUGAUGUCGACGAAGUAGACUUCAUAGUGGUUGGCGGUGGAGUCGCCGGUCCCGUUGUGGCUGGUAGACUGUCGGAAAACCCCAACUGGACGGUGACCCUUUUCGAAUCCGGUCCAGAGCAACCGGCGGCCAUCGACAUACCCGCUUUGCUGAGUUCGGCAAUCGCCACGAAGUACGAUUGGCAGUAUAUUACGACGCCGCAAAAACACGCUUGUUUGGCAUACGGGGGAGUGUGCGGUUGGCCCCGAGGAAGAUUGUUGGGAGGAACAGCUUCACUGUCGGGUUCGAUGUACUCGAGAGGGCACCGAGACGUUUACGACGGGUGGUUGAAGGACGGUAACGUCGGGUGGGGAUACGACGACGUGUUGCCGUUUUUCAAAAUGUCUGAGAACAACAGGGACUACAACACGGAAAUCCACGGGACUCGAGGGCCGAUUCCCGUGCAAAAGCCCACGGAAAUUUUACCGAUAGCUCGAACGUUGAUGGAGGCUGCCCGGGAAUUGGGGUACUCGGAGAUGGACAUGAGCGAACCGGACGCGAUGGGUUUCUCGAUCGCGCAGCUCAUGAUCAACAGUGCAAAGGUCCGGGUGACGACACCCACGGCGUAUCUACGGCCACACCUGCGGAACCGUGGACACCUGCGCGUCAAGAUCAACCACCACGUGACCCGGCUGCUGGUGGCCGCGGACCGGCGGUCGGUGCACGGCGUCGAGUACGUGGACAGCGCGAACCGUACCAAGCGGCUGAUGGCCAGGAAGGAGGUGAUCCUGUGCGCGGGCGUUAUCGGGUCUGCGCACUUACUCAUGCUGUCCGGCAUCGGGCCGGCAGAGGAUCUGCGGCCACUGGGCGUGCCGGUGGUGCAGGACUUGCGGGUGGGCCACAAUCUGCAGCACCACGUUGCUAGCAGGCUGGGCUUUCAGCUGAACGUGACGCACGACCGGAUGCUGACGUACGAGGCGAUCGGCCAGUACAUGAAGCAGAGGUCCGGUCCGCUGUCCACGACCGGCGGCCUUCAGGUGUCCGCGUUCCUGCGGUCCGACAGGGCAGGGCCCACGGACCCGGCUGACGUGCAGUUGUUCUUCGACGGCUUCUCACCGAACUGCGCUUACGCCCAACCGGUGUACGGCGCGUGCAAGGUGACCUCGGACCUGGUGCGCAUGAAUGUGCGGCCGGUGAACGUGCGGCCACGGAGCCGGGGCACCAUCCGGCUGGCUAGCGCCGACCCUUUCGUCCGGCCCCGGAUCGAUCCCAAUUACUUGGCCACAGAGGAGGACGCCGACGUGCUGGUGUGGGGCCUGCGGCUGGCCAACGACCUGGUGCACACCAAGGCCCUGCAGCAGCUGGGCGCCACUGUCGACCGGUCACCCGUCGACCACUGCAACAAGCACACGUUCGCCACCGACCCGUACUGGCGGUGCCUGGUCCGGUACCACACGCGCGGCGAGAACCACCAUGCUGGCACGUGCAAGAUGGGCCCGGCCUCCGAUCCGACCGCCGUCGUCGACCCCGAGUUGCGUGUCCACCGCGUCCGUGGCUUGCGCGUGGCCGACGCGUCCGUGUUCCCGACACAGCCCAACUGCAACCCCAUCGCACCCGUCGUCAUGGUCGCCGAGAAGGCAGCGAAGUUCAUCAAGAACACGUGGCGCUGACGCUAGACCGCCCCAAACACAACCGGCGUAGGUACCGGUACGAUUCGUUGUGAAGUCGACGGUAUCGCGGGGACGUCCGUACGACGAUAUUGGUAUAUAUUGUAAAUUUGUGCAUCAAAAUAUAAUUUCAAUUCAUUUUCCAAUCUCUUGUAUAUCUACUGCAAAGGCUAUUAUUUACGUACCUAUCGUUUAAUUCAGUAUUCCAUUUUCGUUAUAUAAAAUUAUAAUUAUUUAUUGAUGUCAAAUUAUACAUUAUAAUAUUGCAACUAUAUAAAAUAUUGUAUUAUAUCACUAAAAGUACCUACCUAUACAUGUUUCGCUUUCGUGCGAAUUUAAAUUGUUAUUAUUAAAAGAAAAUAGUAAAUA